GGGUGGUCUAUGGUCCAUUGACGUGACAUCGGGUGAUAUUUACCUAUUUUUCGCGUAAAAUAAAUGAUAGAAUUAAUUUAAUCUUCUUGGUUUAAACCAAGUUACUUGCAAUAAUAAUGGCUAGCUUCGGUGAUUUUAUUAAAAGUCAGUUUCCUCUAAUUGAUGAAGAGUUAAAAAAAUAUGUUGAAGACAUAUUGGACAAUAGUGCCGGAGAAUUCGAAGAUACGGAAGAAGUGUACGAAGCGGUAGGAGAAAUUUUACAAGGAAUAUCUAAAAAAUCAGAAGAUGAUAUCAGAGAUAUAUGUGAGCAACUAUUAAACAUGCUACAACCAGAGAAAUCAAGUUACACAAAUGGACCAAGAAAAGUUCUGGAUGCACCAAUUCAUUUGGCAUCAAUGACAAAUAAUGUUCCGGAAACAGAGGAUCUUAAGAGUAUAUGGCUUCAAACAAGGGAUGAUAGUUUAAAAGUAGAUGCAAGAAAAUUAGAAAAAGCAGAAGCAAAACUGCAACAAAAACAGCAAAAGCAGAAAGAUGCGAAAGUCCCAGUUGUUGCUCCAGUAUUACAAACUGCUACUGCAUCGCAGGUCACCUCAAAGAAGGAUAGCAAGCUUGAAGCUAAAGGCACUAACAGAACUCAAGAUAUAAGGAUAGAAAACUUUGAUAUAGCUUAUGGGGACAGGGUGUUAUUACAAGGUGCCGAUUUAGUUCUUGCAUUUGGCAGACGAUAUGGUUUAGUAGGACGAAAUGGUUUAGGCAAGACCACGUUGCUGCGCAUGAUCAUGAGUAAACAGCUCAAAAUACCUUCACACAUCUCCAUAUUGCACGUGGAACAAGAGGUGACCGGCGAUGAUACAAUCGCGUUGCAGAGUGUUCUAGAAUGUGACACGAUUAGAGAAAAUUUAAUAAAAAGGGAGAAGGAAAUUACAGCGGCUAUCAAUAGUGGAUCAACAGACCCAAACCUGUCGACGGAGCUUAGUGAGGUGUACGCACAGUUGGAGAACAUAGAGGCGGACAAGGCCCCCGCGCGAGCCUCCAUCAUCCUUAGUGGGUUGGGUUUCACGCCAGAGAUGCAGGCACGAGCCACCAGGACCUUCUCCGGUGGAUGGCGGAUGAGGCUGGCGCUCGCGAGGGCUUUGUUUUCCAAACCAGACCUUCUGUUACUCGACGAGCCCACUAACAUGUUGGACAUCAAGGCAAUCAUCUGGCUGGAGAACUACCUGCAGAACUGGCCAACCACGCUGCUCGUGGUGUCGCACGACCGCAACUUCCUCGACACCGUUCCCACCGACAUCAUGCAUCUGCACUCGCAGAGACUCGACACAUACAGGGGAAACUAUGAACAGUUCCAUAAAACCAAGACGGAAAAACAUAAGAACCAGCAGCGUGAGUACGAGGCACAACAACAACACCGCGCGCACACCCAGGAGUUCAUUGAUCGCUUCCGUUACAACGCCAACCGCGCCUCCUCCGUACAGAGCAAGCUCAAAAUGUUGGAGAAAUUACCAGAACUGAAACCGGUUGAGAAAGAAAUAGACGUGGUCCUCCGGUUUCCAGAGACUGAACCUCUCUCACCUCCAAUAUUGCAACUGAACGAAGUCGGAUUCUAUUAUUCAAAGGACAAGGUCAUAUUCGACAAUGUUAAUCUAGGAGCCACAUUGGAGUCUAGGAUAUGUAUAGUCGGUGACAACGGCGCAGGAAAGACGACGCUACUGAAGAUCAUAAUGGGCAUCCUGUCGCCUACCAGUGGCAUCCGGAACGUGCACCGCGGUCUCAAGUUCGGUUACUUCUCGCAGCACCACAUCGACCAGCUCGACAUGAACGUCAAUUCCGUGGAGUUACUGCAGAAGAGCUAUCCAGGUAAAACCGUGGAGGAAUACAGAAGACAACUGGGCAGCUUCGGCGUGAGCGGCGAUCUGGCGUUACAGACCGUGGCCAGCUUGUCCGGAGGUCAAAAGUCCAGGGUGGCCUUCGCGAGAAUGUGCAUGGGCAACCCUAACUUCCUCGUACUGGACGAGCCUACUAACCAUCUGGACAUCGAGACUAUAGAAGCGCUGGGGAAAGCCAUCACUAAGUACACAGGCGGCGUUAUUCUGGUAUCUCACGACGAGAGACUAAUACGAAUGGUGUGCAAAGAGCUGUGGGUGUGCGGCGGCGGCUCCGUCGCGAGCAUCGAGGGCGGCUUCGACGAGUACCGCAAGAUCGUCGAGAGAGAGCUCGAGGCACAGAACAAGUAGACUAAUUACUAGCACAUGUCGCGGGACGAUCGUUAACUUAGCCAUUUUAAAUAGCGCCUAAAGGUGUCUGUCUAUUGAAGCGAAGCGAAGACGAGUUAGCAUGCGGUUUUAUAGCUUUGAUAGUAUUCGACAUCGUAACUAAUUGAAUACAAUCUCUAAACUGAAUUGACAGUCCUAAAGAACAAUGGCAAAGUUCAUACUACUUUUCCUCGAAAUCGAUUUGAAGCAUCUAUGUACAAAAAAAAAAAAAACACCAUAGAGGUUACAUUACUUGAACAUAAUCACCAAGAUUUUUUAUUUGAGGGAGCCACCAUAAAAAGAAAUUAAAAUUUUGUGGUUAUGCCAUCAUGAUAGUAGGUAGUAUACACAAACAUGCUGCAUUAUUGUCAAAUAAAUAAAAUAAACUUAAAAUACCUACCUACUAAACAUCAAUUCUUUGUCGAAUCUCGACCUUGAAAGUCAUGCAUUCAGUACCAUGGAUGAACUUGGUUGGUCCAUUUUACUUUAACAUUAUAGUGUUUUGAGACUCGAAUUCUAUCAACGUGGGUGAUGCGUAAAAAUUACUAUGAAAACAGAAAUACUAACCCUACAGCAGACAGAUCGAUGAAAUAAUAAAAUUAUCAGUUCAUCUCUCAAUAAUUUGAUUGGUCGAAGCAUGCACGUUUCUUUGCGCUUCGCUUCAAUGGGCAGGCAUCCUAAUAAACCAAGAGCCCAUAAAAAAAUUUGAGGUGUUGUAUUGUAUGAAAUACAUCUAAGGAAGUUGUCUGUUAGUAUUAAGUUCGCUGUGAUCUUUG